GAAGACGAGGUACGCCAGUUGUGUUUCGACGCUGCUUCGAGUUGAACCAGUUACUGUUCCAUAUUUUCUGUAAAAUGUGUCGUUAGUUUUGAUACGAAGACACUUAUUUUUUUAGAUAAAUUUCUUAUCGGAUUAUCGUUAUUUUUCGAUACAUAUAAAAUAGCGAGUUGUUUAACGUUCAAUUUAAUUCUUCUCAAAGUAAAGAGUGCUAUUGGAUGUAGUUUUUAAUAUUUUAAAGUUUCUUAUGAUUCCAGUGCUUACUUUCAAUGUUAAAAUAUAGUCAAUGAUUGUAAAAUAAGACGUUGAAAAGUGUCUGUAGUCUUUACAGAUUAUCGUCGAAGCUUGGUUGUCUCAAAAUUGAAAAAUGACGAAACAAUCUGUUUUUUCUUCUUCUUCGAUUUAUGAUGACAGACUUUUACCUCAUAAUUUAUGGAACCGUAAUUUAAAUAAAAUAUGUUAAUAUUAAAAGUGUUUAGUGCUAAUACUUAAUUUAAAUAUUAACUGAGAUAAACUAUUACCUUCAAUAAUUAUUAUUAGACCCGAAACUAAUCUAAAUACUUUUUUUCUAAAUUGAAAAUAUAUUUUUUCGACUAUCAUCCAAAAAUAUUAUAUUUCUAUUAUUUAUAUCUAUGUUUCAUAUAAAGGUAUUUUUUUUAAAUAAUUGUUUGAGGUGAUUAUUUUGGUUAUAAGAGAUAACAGACAAUAGAGAGGAUAAUAAUUGAAGGAAAUUAAUGAAGUAAAAUACAUAAAAGAUAUGUUGUGAGUUUUAUGAAUAAUUGUCAAUAAUUUACAAAGCAUUCGAAUGUUAUAUUUAAUCGACAGUUUUUCUGUUUUAUCGACUUCAAUAUUUCUUCAUAAAACAUUUGUCACGUGUUUAUUAUAAGCAAUGUACGCAUACAUUGAUAACGCUAUUGAUAACAUUUUUAUCGUAAAAUUUAUCUAUUUCUUCUUCAACUGAUAGAAUUAUUAUUGAGUAUCUAGUCGAUACACAAAGUAUAAAGAUCAGGAUCUAUAUGGAUGUUCGAAUAUUUUCGUGUCUCACUAAAGGUGUUUCGUAGAAGUAGAAUGUCAUCUUAAUAAUAAAGAGAUCAACGGAACAGUUGACUCAUUGUAGUACGGCGACGUUGGAGGAAAUCCUGGAUAAUUCGGACGGAGUAACGACACGAACUGUCUCCGAGAAGAUCAUGAGUAUCUGUAAAAAUACUAUACGUUGGGUGCUCUUUCUGGAUAUAUUACUUGCUUCAUCAGUCAUUGUAUUUCUAGCAGUAUUGGAAUUUGGGACAGUUCCGCAACAACAUAUCGGCUUUUACUGUAAUGAUCCAAAGAUUUCAUUCAAGUUCGUGGGAGAUACGAUUUCUAUUUCAUUUUUGAUUCUUGGAUGUUUGUUAAUACCGAUCGUCGUGAUGUGGCUAUCUGAAUUCGUAUGCUACUCUGCAGAUAGCUAUGAUGCAGAAUUAGGAUGCGCUGGUUCAAGAGCAAAACAAAUAUGGUUGUGGUAUGGUCACUAUUCGAUCGGAAUAAUUGCCUUAACGUUUAUAUGUGAUGUUAUGAAAACUCUGGUGGGCGAACCAAGACCACACUUUUUGGAUACGUGUAAACCACGAGAGGCAGAGAAUUGCACCAAUGGAUAUGUGGAAAAAUAUACGUGUACAAAUACAGAACUUUCAGAAUGGUUUGUCUCGGAUUCUAGCAAAUCAUUUCCAUCUGGCCAUUCUGCCCUCUCUAUGUUUACAACUACUUUUAUUGUGUGGUACUUACAACGCCGUUUGCCAGAUCGGACGUUUUUCCUAAAACCGUGGUUACAAUGUAUAAUAUUCUUGUGGACUGUGAUAUGCUCAUUAACAAGGAUCGCUGACAAUAGACAUCAUUGGUGGGAUGUACUUGCAGGCAUCAUUUUGGGUUUCGCUUUUAGCAUGUUAACUGUUAUGGUGCCAUGCCGUAAGUUUCAUUUAAAUCAAAACGUCUCACAAAUAUAUAGUGAGCCUGUAGAAAGUGAACAAAUUAAUUUCAACAAGAGAAAACAAAACACCAAGAAACUUCUACAUGAAACAAUAAUUGAUCCUUCAGAAAGUCGUGAAUUAAAGAACAUUAAAUCAUCAACCUGGAGAGAAUAAAACUUAACACAUCAAAAUAUUUGAUAAGAGAAGAUUUAAAGAGGAAUUAUAAAUAUUUUGUUGCAUAAAUGUUCAAAAUUUCUAAUAGAAUUUUACGUCUUAUACGAAGUGUUUGAUAUGACAUGCCUAUUAUAUUUAAAAAAUUUAGUUCUUCAUGUGAUUGAUAAUAUAUUCAUAAAAUAUUCAAGAAGAAAGGGUUAUAUUUUGUAGUUUAUAUCGACAAAUACGUUGUUAUAAGUAUUUAACCAAUGUAUAUAAUUACUAUAAUUUGGUAGUGAUAUUAUAUUUACGAUCUGCGUUUAUCAAAAUAAUUUUUAAAAAGCUAGACCGUAACGUCAAAUGUCCAGUAAUUGAAUUGUAUUAAUCGAACAUAUCUACAUUUUACAUGUGUGAUUUUAGUUAAUUAUUCAUCAUGUUUAUAUUUAUAAUAUUAGGCGGUAGAAAAUGAUAAUGAAUUCUGUUUACUUGUUUAGAGACGGAAAAUAUCUUAUUUGAAAGUGGGAAACUUCUUUUCCAUUGUUUGACGAUAUUAUUAGUUAAUAACUAUGUCAAAUAGAAUAGCAGAGCUGAAAAAAUGAUUAACGGAACGGAUAACGGGUAAGGGAAGGGCAAGGGAACUACAUAAGUACAUACUUACAUAGUGCUUUCUAUCGCUCACACACACGCAAUCCUAUAUGGUCUUAUUUGUAUUUGGGAUAUUUUCGGUCAAUACGCUUGCUUAUCUUUAUAAUUAUGUCGGGUCUAUCAGAAAUAAUCAAUCAGACCCACAUUCUUUUAUCUAGCCAUCUUUCGGCUCUGUAUUGUACACCUCACUGAUUUCGAUGGUCUUGAAAUAUGCUGUCAUGGUUAACGUCCUAAUUGUAAGUACAUAUAUGUAUAACUGUUUCUUAUACCGUAUAUAACCGUUGGUCAACUUUUGUAGUUUCCGAGUUAUGUGUAAAGAAUCUCAGCUAAAUUUAAGUUAAGAUUAUAUUACAUUCUGGCGUAAGCACUAUAUUUUUUAUAUAAGCCAAUCUACACUUAAUUCAUUAAUGAUAAUAAUUUUGAAUAUAAAUAAAAAAAUUUAAAGGUUGAAUUAAAUUGAUAUCCAAUCACCACUAAUAAUAAGAUGAAAUAACAUCUGAUGAAUUGUAUGUGAAAUGCUACAUUGUAUUCUAAUCUUUAGUUAGUUAAAAAUGUAAUAAUUAUAGUCGUUAUUAUUGAAAAAUUGUUUACAAAAUACAACAUUUGUAAAUUAAUUUAUUGCGCAACAUACUAUCAAAUAUAUUGUUAUAUAUUUUGAGAAAUAAAGCCGAUCGAUGGUUAUAUGUAUAGGAAAAUGCUACUAAGAAACAACAUAUUUGAAGGUCAUCGAAAUUGACGAGAUAUACUCUAUUUUACAUAAUUACCUGUUACAAAAAAUGUUCCCUUAUUUUAAAACAACAGUGUUGAAAACAAACAAAAACUUCUUUUAUUAGCUUUCUCUACACUUCAAAUUAAUGUAAGAAAAAUAAGGAGAAUUAUUUUUUUAAUAUUUUUUUAACAUGAGAGAGAUCAAUAAUUCAUUCCUAAUUACACAUUUUAAAUUUAUAUAAUAUUUGUAUUAUUUCUAAUCUUAUUUAGAUGUGAUACACAUAUUUCAGAGUAUAAAUUGAACAAAUACAGAGUGCUGUGAAAAUAAUAAUGGGAUCAAGAAAGUAUAAAAUAGUAUAGAAUAAAAAUCUUACUAGUUUAUAGUCAAAGUUUUAGCCUUGAAAACAGAAACUGUGGAAGUAUUUGAAUAAAUAAUUUUCCUAAUUAUUAAUAUAUAAUAUGAAUAUUAGUACAUAUUAGUACAUGAAUAAAAAUUAUUAUACUUUUUGUUUAUAGAUCACAAUUUUGUAUAAAUAUAAUCUUUUCAAUUAUAUUAAUUAUUUUCAAUUUCUACAGAAGUUGAAAAGAUAAAAAUUGAUUUGGAUUAAGUUUUAUUCUAACUAAUAAUUUUGGCUAUCAUAUGUCAUUUAUUAAACUUUAAUAGAAUAUUAUUUUUCUCACACGAUACUUUCUUAAUUUCUUGAUAUGCCGAAUAAGAUUUUUGGGAAUCAUUUUUUUUCUUGCUCAUGGGUACAGUAAACAUAUUCAAAUAAUAAGUUCCAAUAAUAACAUUCCAAGUUCUGUAUUUAUAUUUUUCUCUUGAUUAAGAUUAUUGAAAUAUGCACAUUGAAUUAAUAUUAUAUUAGUAACAAUCAUACUAGUAGUAGUCAUAGUGAUUUGCAAUAUGUCUUUACGAGAAUCAGAAAAAUCAUGAUGCUCUGCUGGUUGAAAUUUGUAAUAUAUUAAAUUAAAAAGUACGAAUAUAUGUAAUUUUAUAUUAAUGUACAUGUAAUUGCGUAUACAUUGAAAAUGAUUUCUUAAAUUUAGACAGAAUGUAUGUUUCAUGAUGUAUAAUGCUCAAAAGUUCUGGUCAAAUCUAUCUUUUAUAAUAUUUAAAAAGGCAGAAAAAAUUCUCGUGGUGGUAAAACAUAUUGUGCUAGGUAUAAAAUAAAUUCCAUUAAUGUUUAUGCUUAAUAUAUGUCUUGCAUUGAAUGAUUCAAUUUUCAUGAAACUUGAAUGCUUAUAGUAAUCUAUCUGUGUAUAUGAUUUAAAAACAAAGUCACUUUUAUUGGGUAAAACAAAACCUGACGAUAUUAACAAAAGUAACAUCUAGUAUAACAAUACAGUCGACAAUAACAUGUAUUAGGUUAUACGCAUGGUAGCGACAAAAUUGUCGCUUUGGUAACGUUAUAAAUUGAAUUUUUGAUUGAUGCGAUACAAAAAAAAAAAUGACGUCAUGUAGUCGUGCUGUCAAAUGCGCACACGUCCAUAUAAACAAAUGCGUCUUUCCAUAAGCAACAAAUUGUCGGUAGUGCACGGGAGCUCUUAAACAAAAUUAUGAUUGAACAGAAUUUAUUUAGCGAUAAUGAAGAUGGAAGAAAAGUUUUAUAUCUAUUUCUGGUUUAUGUUGGCUUUGAUGUCGAAACAAUGUCCAGUCAGCUGUUUCUUCUCUAAAGUCUCUUACCUAAAGCGAGAGAAUCAUCCUGUAUAUAAUGAAUAUAUGCACUCAAAAUAAUCUAAAUGAAAAAUUAUUUUUUUUCAUUAGUUUAUUAAAGCAGUAUUGACAUUUCGUUUUAAAUUAUUUAUCAUAUAAUAGUAGUAUUUUAAAUAUUUUACUUUACAUAGUAUGUACAAGUAGACACCAGUAGAAAUAGAAUUGACAUUAACAUAGAAAUUAUAAAAAAUACAUAUGUAUUUCUUUCCUGAAGAUAUAAAUAAUCUUACUCAGUACAUCCUAGUAGAUAGAUACAAAAAUUAUAUUUUUAACUUGCUUCAAUUAAUAUACUUAUGUUUUUGUUAAAGGAAAGCAGUUUGCAAUUUUUUGCAAUUUCAUGUCUUUUUUCAUAAAAUGGCUUUAAUUCGUAACGAAAUUGACAAUGCAAAAUAGACUCGGACAGAUAGUACAAUAACAUGCCUUAGGCUUAGAUAUCCUAAAAUUUAAUAUACAAAAUUCCAUAAACGCAGUUUCAUUGCUAUUCAAAAUCUUGUAACAAAAGUUUGAAUUAAUUGACUGUUCUUUUUUUCUUAUAUUUGUUACGUUAGCAUUUGACUACUACAUCAGAUCCAAUCGUUUUUGAUCAGUCUGUUUGAUUCUAACUGAAGAAUUUGUUUCAAAAAUAUUUAACGUUUAAUUUCGGCUUCUUUAGUCUUCACUAAUAGCUGCAAUGCCAUAAGGUGCAUAAUUUUGUCCAAAUUUUUUGUCCAAAAUUGACCUUUCCUUUUUUCUUUUCAUUGUAUUGGAAAAACUAGAAUUCAAUUUUUUAUUAUUAUCGGAAUCUCAUUCACCAAACAUAGAUUUGACGUUUUAAUUCUGUUACAGAGACGAACAUGCUACAAUGUAGCAUAAUGGGAAGGAAUGGGACGAUAAUAUUUUGGUUCAUUACACAUUUUAUUGAAAUAAUUAAUAAAAAAUAUCUGCUUAUAGAAAAUUUUGUAACUUUCUUUGUAGCAUUCUUAUUUUUGUAACUAAUUGAAACGAACUAGUUCGAGAACAGUAACUUUAACAAACAAUCACAAAUCGGAAAUGAAUGCAAAGUAAUUAAUGAUCCAGAGAAAGAGAUAGAUAGAUAGAGAUAGAGAGAGAAAGAGAGA